GGGUUACCAGCCAACAAUACCAGUCUUUGGUUAUCUAUCCUAGAGGUGAGUCAAAAAGUGGAUCUUCUUCUUUGUGAUGAUCCACGUUUAAAAUGGGUCGCAAAAGAGAACUAGAGCUGAGGAAACAGCUUGCAAUUCGGACAUUUGCUAGCAUGUUAGGGAUGAUUGCAAUAGUUUUAUAUAUAAUCAAAGCAAGUGGAAGUAAUGGGAUGCCUUCAAAUGCCUCUCCAUCAGUGCGACGAAAAUGUGAUUCACCAGUAGACUGGAGUGUCACUCAAGUAGGAGAUUUGACUGUUGAUCAAAUGAUCGAAUACGUGGAAUGGACCAACAGUACGGCGUGUCGUCUCACUCACGAUUUAGGUGGACACACCCAUGAAGAUGGUGUUGAUGGACAAAAAGCUGUUUGCAUGGAUCCACUAAUCAGGCCGGAAAGAUACAGCGAGUGUUUAGUCUAUUCGUUUGGAAUCAGCAACGACUGGACGUUCGACGAAGAGAUUGUAAAGUUGGGAUGCAGAGUCUUCGCUUUUGAUCCAUCGAUGAAUCAGGACGAUCACGAUCAUACGCCUAAAAUUCACUUUUACAAUUUGGGGCUAGGCGAUCGCGACGAGCGAUGGAACAAGGAUCCUAAUAUGAACUGGACGAUGAGGUCGCUAGAGUCCAUUUACUACAGACUACUUAAACACGAGGGCAGAUACAUAGACUACCUUAAGAUGGAUAUUGAACAUUCUGAAUGGAUAGUCUUACCUCAAAUCAUCUCCUCCGGUAUGAUGGAUUUAGUGAGGCAGCUGUCAGUUGAAAUACAUCUUCCUGAACAAGGUGGAAUCGAUGAAUUUCAUAGACGCAUCAAGGUCAUCAAGGCGCUAGAAGAUUAUGGAAUGGUCCGCUUUGAUUCCAAAUACAACCCUUGGUCGCUGGAAUGGAACGUCGCCGUCGACUGGGAAGGAUAUAAUGCAUACGAGAUUGUUUGGUUCAAUUCUAAACUUGUCCGAACGAAACCCAUGGUGGAAAUUAAUUCGACCCAACGUCAACCUAAGGUCAAUAAGAAAAAGAAAAUUCAUAAUCCAAUAAAUGUCAACAGAUCCAUGUACAGAAAAAAGAAUUUAAAAGGUUGAUAACAUGCCAUGUGUUUUGUGAAAUAAACUAUUGCGCAAACGA